AUGUCAGAACCGGAUACAGCUCCCCUGCUGUCCGGAAAGACAAACGAUGAACCUCAAGGUGAUGAGGGAUUCAAACUCAACUCCUACGCUAAAGCUUAUGCAAGUUUUAUUUAUGAUCACCCAUUUGUUCCAAUAAUAUGCGUUAUUCUUAUGACUUUGUUCUUUACAUUGUAUCUUACACUUGUCUAUGGUAUCAGACCACAAGCUAAUUCUAACUAUUACCGUUGGAAUGGUGAUUCAAUCACACAAAAAUGGGAUGCAUACGUUGGUGCCGAACAAGAUACUUACAGAUCAAUAUUCGGCAUGUUCGGUGAAACAAUUAAAUUACCAAAUCAGUUCCAAUUGACACAGAUGGGAGCUGUAAUUUUCGAAAGAAAGGGACAAAACAUCUUAGACUACAGAAUUAUGCAAGAAAUCUGGAAGAUGGAAGAUGAAAUGCACGCAAUUCCAGGUUGGUCCGAUGUUUGCUUUAAGAUUCCAAUGGAUUCUCUUCCAGGCUUCGGAAAAGAUCUUGUUUACAAGCUAUUAGACUACAUGAAGAACAGACUAUCCUCAUUAGAAGAAGAUACCAACUGUAUUGCCUUCAAAUCCAUCAUUACAGAUAUCAAGAAUUAUUUCAAGCGCCAGUACAACGUUACGAACCCAACUCCAGACAUGCUUAACCAAUCAUUCUUCGAGGAAUUCUACAGAGCCGAUGAAGUCCGUCUUACUGCUACUUAUGUCGGAAAUGAUUAUAAUAAUGAGACAAUGACCUCAAGUAGACUUAGAUCCAUGUAUCCAUUUGCUCUUCCUCUUAAAGGCUACAAGAAUAAAGCUGAUCGUCAGAAGGAACAAGAAGAUAAACUCGGAAGAUGGCAAGUAAAGUUCGAACAACCAGUAGAUGCCUUCUCAGAGCGUGCUCCAUAUGGUACACAUGCAUAUCCUGCCUUUGUCUUCGGUUUGAACUUCAAGAUUGCUGCUCUUAUUCUUCAACAAGUCUGGUGGUUGAUUGGAGCUUUUCUUUUCACAUUUGUUUUCGCAGUAAUUGUACAGAGAUCAUUCUUUACAUCGUUACUUGGUGUUAUUGGUGUUUUCUUCCCAAUUCCAUGUGCAUUAUGCAGCCUUAGAAUGUUCUUUGGCAUCACACAUGUCGAUGUCAUUGAUGUCAUUGGUUUGUUCUUAAUUUGUGGUAUUGGCGCUGACUGUGUUUUCAUCAUCUUUGAGUUGUUCAAGCAGUCGAGAAAUGUUUAUGGAACAAACAACAAAUUAAGACUCGCUUACGCACUCCAAAGAGGUUUGAUUGCUUUGUCAACAUCAAUUACAACAUCCGCUGUUUCUUUCUUGGCUCUUUCUUCAUCAGGAGUAAGAAUCAUGAACUUCUUUGGUAUUUUCUGUUUCAUGUUAUUGUUGUUUACAUUUAUUGUCACGUUUACAUGGUAUUUAGGCAUUGUUUCCAUCUGGGCAAAGAGAUGGGAGAAACACAAUGACAUGCUUGAUACAAUACAGUCUGUUUCUCAACUAGAAACACGUGAUGAAGCUGAUGAUUCACAUCAGAGAUAUCCACAUACAGGACUUUUCGAUUUCCUCCACAAAUGUGUUGUUUUCAAUGUAAACGCUGCUGGUUUACCAAUCGAAAAGUACACCAAAUACGAGAGAUUCGUAUUCAACAAACUCGCUCCUUUCUUGUAUCACUACAGACUUCCAAUUGUCUUAGUUUUCGCAGCAUGGACAGCAUGUUUUGGAUAUCUUGCAAUGAAGAUUCCAACGAAAUCAGAACUCCAAUUCCUUCCUGAUAACCAUCCAUUGCAAAGAGCUUAUUCACUUGCAUACAAUGGUUUCUCAACUGCUUUAGAUGACUUCUCUUUUGUCUACGUCUGGGGACUCAAACCAAAACCAGUUGUAAGUUUCAAAGAUAGAUUUACAAUUGAUAAUUACGGAAGAGCUGAGUUCAUUCCUAUAAAUAUAACAGAUCCAAAUGUUCAGUUAUGUAUUCACAAGGCAUGGGAUAUCAUUAGAAAUGAUACGGAGAUCAUUGAUAAUGCAAUAACAGCUAAUUUCGGUGUCUCUCCUUUGGAAACAUGGAACUGGAUUUUCUCAAUUGAUAAAUGGAUUGAUAAGUGGAUUCCUCUUUUCGCAUUGAACAUUUCCAUUCCAGAAAAGUUCCCUAUUACUCCAACAGAAUACAAAGAAACAGCUUGGCUUUGGCAGGUAUUUUUGUCUGAGUUGUUGUAUGAAGAACCAGAUUCUUAUGUCCCAGGAUCUCUCAAAGCAGAUACAAUCGGAUUCAGUAAUGAUGACUAUUCCCUUAAAUACAUCGGUAUGAAGGCAAAUCUCUUCAUUCCACAGGAUCUAAGUGUUCCUUCAAAGAAAACUUUAUAUGACAAAUGUGAGAAUUUGGCCAACAGAAUUAAAUAUGAUCCUGUUUGCCAAGCAGCUGGUUUAGAUGGUUUCCAUACUGGUGUACAAUGA